AUGGUCUUCGGGAUUCGCGCUUCGUACCAUCCUGCGCAAACCGCGAGGCACGACUCCUACCAGAGCCCUCUCGUCUGCCCCUGCGCAGCAUGCUUUGACGGGGCGGAGCGCAGGCAGACGCGCGAGGCUUGUGAAAACCCAGCGAAACAGUUGACCAUACCUACUGGCAGCGGCUCCUCUGUUCCAAAACCACCCCCAGUCUGGAAACGCGCCGAGACCUCGGGAUGGCAAAAGUUUGGGCUUCCGCUGGGCCGGAGGCGGACGGCCGAAUCGACGGCCUCGACACGGCCGCUGCAGGCGGCGGUGCAGGGGGUUCCCCAAAGCGGACAGUGA